GAUUUAACCAGUUGACUUUCAACCUGGGGGUCACAAGUUUGAACACUGCUUCAACUACCGAGCUUUGGGGAGCUAGGUAGUAUCACACACAAUAGGUGUCUCAGUGCAUGCUGCACAACUGGGCAUCUAGUUGCUAGAUGCAAUUUUGUUGUUGUCAACUGAGCAAGUAAAAACUAGUUUGGUAAAUUUUUUGGGUGAAAUCAAAACACACUUUAUAAUUGUAUAGUUUGUCCUCCGUUCAUUCAGGAUUAAAUGGUUCUAUCAAGAAGCUGAUUUUUCAAUGAGUGAAUUUGAUAUUGGAUUUUAUUCCCGUUGGACAGAGUACUUGACACGUCAGUCACAUAUAAACUGUAAUCAAUGGCAGAAGAUCAUUGUUAUGGGACUUGAACUUACCGCUAACUGAGAACUGUCCACGUAGCGUAAUAGCAAUCUUUAGGAGACUCAUGGUUCUCCUUAUGUUGAGACCUGCAUCACUUACAUUGAUAUUACUUCAUUACACUGACUUUUUCAUACUAAAGUUAGCUUUCUCUAGGGUUAGACUAACUCUACACAUAGUAUAAUGUGUUACUGGACAGCAGCAGUCAGUGGUUAUGCUCUUUAUUUAUAGUUUCAUAUUACCAUCAUCAGGCUAAGUUGUAAAUCCUCCCAAUGGAUUCCUCCAGCUCUCAGUAGCUUUUGCAUUACCACUAGUAUCGAUGUUUAAAUAGACCAAGAUAUCUUGAGACACCGAAAUCGUUUGAUUGAUCAUAAUCAUGCUCUAUGCGCCUAUCUCACUAUCCAUCUAUGAUGUGAUGUAACAUUUAUGUCAUGGGUUCCAACCCCAUCCCAUCUACUGAGGUUUGAGCAACCAACUUUCUCUCUAACACACAUAACAAGUGUAGCUCAUUGCCCACUGCAUAAAUUUGCUUGAGAUUACCUAGUACGCUUCGAUUUCUUCGUGUGUCAACCGAUAUAAACAUACAUUGACAAUGAAGCCCCUCACCUUCUUGAAAAGAAUAAUAAAGAGUUAUUACAAUUGUAUUCCUUGAUACCCAAUCAUUCCCCUGUAUCAAAACAACUAGUACUGUUUAGCUUCAGUAACUGCUAGUAGGAUACAAGUAAAAUCAGUGUGAAUCGUUCCACAGUUGUCCUAUUUGUCUCAUUUCAAUAAGUAAGCAUUCCUAAACCUAAUCUCAUCCUGUUAGGUUUGAAUAACCUAGUCAACAAAUAGAAAAAAAACUAUAAUUUUGUCUGAAAUGUAUCAAAAACCCUAGGACAUAGACAUCUGAGGAUAGUUCAGUGAUGUUAUCAAGUGUGGGGAUGAAAUAUCCACAAGGAAACAUCAAAACUCAGUGAACCCUUAACUACCGGCAUUCUCAUCCUCAGAUAUAGAUCCUUUACACUACACAUAAAUAACAAUUCUAACAGCAUAUUUUAUCGUAUAGUUGUUAGCAUUUUGAGUUUAGACCAGUCUAUCUACUGAUCUAGCUGAAUAGAAACUCUAAAUGCAUUCUGUAACUUUACAGUAGGCAGUUAUCAUUUUGUGUGAGGGCUAAGAAAAUUCACUACCUGACUAUCCGAAUCACAACACAUGGAGCAAGACUUAAACUCGUAAUUUAUUGGUUGAAAAUCAACCUCUCUGAACCAGUGAACUAUAGCUCCCCGGUCUUCUAAUUGUGCCUUGGUUUAUCCUUUCCUAUAUUUCAGUGUGUCAUGAUUGGUCUAUAGCUAACUACCAGUAGGAAGACCCUAGUAUCGAGGGAUUCAAUGAAUACUUACAAGCGUUUUUUAGAUUUUAUUUUUGUAGUUAUGUGAAAUUCAUCUGUCCAUCUAGUCUGUUGUUCAACAUCGGUUGAUUAGCGACUUAACUUAACUUUCUCUUAAAGAUACACGGUACGUUAAGGGUGUGACAGCUUUUAUAUUAUCCCAAGCUUCUGUAUUAUUUAGAAUACCUUUUUUAUGAUCAUCUAUUUAUACUAGGUAAUGAUCAGCAAUCAAUUAAAAUUCUAGGUCACUUGAGGUUUGGAGUUCGCAGCCUCAAGGUUACUGACUCAGUGCUUCACUAACUGAGCUAACCAAAUUCUAAUUUCACUUCAAUCACCAAGGGUUUUGCCCAACUAUCACAUAAAUCUAUUUCAUUAACUUAAUAAACUGAUGGCCACUUCAUCAGCUUACUAUGAUAAUUCUUUUUCCAAAAGAAUUUGCCUGAUAAUUAUAACUGGGGGUUGGCGGCGGCGGGGGUAGUUCUCAAAGGAAAUCCUGCAGAAAAAACAGCUGAAUAAUGGAAGAGUAAUUAACCGUGUAAAUAAACCUAUUAUAUUUUGCUUAAUUCUGAUAACCAUUGAUACAUCUUUAUUGGUUGACUAGAUUCUGGUACAGUGAACUAAAUAUUCGUGCAUACUUGAUUGAUGACGUUUGUUUAACUAUGUAGAAAUAAUCGUCAGAGGUUCACAUCAGUGUUGUCUAGACAGAAGCUACUGUUUAUUGGUGGUAAUGUCAUCGAGUGAAAUAUUCCAUCAUCUAGCCCAUAUUUAAAAUAUACAUUCAAGUCAGUGACUGACCAAGAUUUCUUUAACCCAAUGAAAUCUACAAUAAUUACCUCCCUGAAUCCUUUCAUUCAGGGUAUAUCUGUACUGCAUAUAUUAGGCUUAUCAGUUUGAUUAUCUAUGAUAGCUAUUGUUUGACAAAGUUGUAUUUUUGAUACUCGGGUAAUGAUUGAAGGUGAAAUAAAAAUAUAUACUGCCGCAGAGUUCAAACGAACAGCCUGGUCUUGUAACUCAGUUAGUAGAGCAUGUAAGUUGCUAGCUGAUAGGUCACUGGCUCGAAUCCUCCCGUCACCCUGAUUUGCAUUUCUUUUACAAAGUGACGGUUUGAUUAACCACUUUCAUCUCUAUUCUGAAGUUAUUUUUUGAGUAAAUCUUCAUUCCCAUGGACUCUUUUGUUUUAAUUACUUUUAGGUAUGUUUUACGAGGUCAAUUUAAAUCCAUCUAUUGCUACUGAUGGCGAUGAUAAUACUAACAAAGCUAUUUCUAGAAGAAGAAAUCAAAAUGAAAGACGUUUAUGUUCACUAGAUAAUCUCCAAUAUAUCUAUGCACGUUUAUUUAUUAUCAAUGUAGAUGAUUCAUUGAAUAAACAACAAUUAACUGUUACAUGUCUUACACCAGUGGAAUUGUGCUUCAUUGUUCGUCAUACUAUUGAUACUACUAUAAAAGAUUUGUUUGGUCAUUUCUCUGGUCUAUCAGUUUUAUAUUAUGAUUUAUUAUUUUGUCAAUCAGAUAAUAUAGAUAAUGAUAAAUCAAAUGAAAAGUUAUUCACUCUAUCAUGGUCUAUUCUACUGGCUGUACCAUUGAAUAAUGCAGAAAAGAUUAUUGCAGCUUUAAGUUUUAUGACAAAUGAUUUAGGCGGGCAAGAGUUUAUCAAUGCAACGAUUGAAUCAACACAUUUAAAAAGUGACUCAUUGAAAUUUUAUGCAGAUAUCAUAUCAACAUCUGAUUCAUUAUUUAAUUUACAAUGUAUUCCUCUUUAUAAAUUGAAAAGAUAAAUAAAUAAAUAAUAAAAAAACAACUAGUUUUG